UGCUUGCUCUGGUGGGUGCCUCGCUCUGCACUGCUGGGACGGAUCCUGCCUUGUUUAUCUUUGCUGGAACAGAGCCGGCUUGUGAGAGAUAACUGUUCCUUGCUCUCUGGGGUGGCAGCUGGAUGAGCUCUGCAUGCAAGGAGAAGGAGGAGGAGAAAAGUUAAAAAGCGCAGCUCCAGGAUGAAGCAUCCACCUACUCAAGCCAUAAGGCUGGUGUACCUUCUUCUGAAUUUGGCUUCCCUUUGCCUUCCCAUCCCACUCUGGAAGGACCGGGACUCCCUAAUGCAGGAGGAGAAAGCUCAUCAGACAGGUGGCAACUUGGUGCUGACUAGGCAGGAACAGCAGCUCAGUACAAAGCUUGUGAACCUCAAGAAGAAGGAGAUUGCAACAGCAGUAGCUACAGGACAGUUUCCUCCAAGCAUGCACUUCUUUCGGGCAAAAGGCCUCAUUGAGCAGAGCAUGGUGUUCAGCAUCUUAAAGCGCAUGCCAAAAGGUGCUGCCUUACACCUGCAUGACCACGCCAUCCUGAGCGUGGAUUGGCUUGUGUACAAUGCCACCUACCUCCCCAACUGCUACAUCUGCUUCACCCACACGGGCACCAUUCGGUUCCGCUUUUCCAAGCCUCACCCUCCGCACCCAGUGCCAGCCCAGUGCUCCCAGUGGGUUUUGCUGGAGACUUACCGUAAACAGCUGCGCAACGUGACAGAGUUUAAUAACAGCUUGCUGAGAAACUUGACCCUGGUGACAGAUGCCCCUGAGCUCACCUAUCCUUCUCAGACUUUAAUUUGGAAAAGAUUUGAAGAAGUCUUUCUCAUUGCCUCUGGACUUAUCUGCUAUGCACCUGUGUUCAAGGCCUAUUUCUACCAGGGGCUGCUGGAGCUCUAUGAAGAUAACGUACAGUACGUUGAGAUAAGAGCUAUCCUGCCUCCAGUGUAUGAACUGGAUGGCACCCUGCACAAUAAGUCAUGGUCUGUGGCAACCUAUAGGGAAGUGACCAAGCAGUUUGUGAAGGAGCACCCUGACUUUAUUGGAGCUAAGAUCAUAUUUACAGCACACAGGAUGCUGAAUGUUUCCCAGAUUGAAGAAGCCAUUGUCACUGCCAUGGCACUCAGAGACCACUUCCCAGACACCCUGGCAGGCUUCGACCUGGUUGGCGAUGAAGAUGAAGGUCAUUCCCUAUGGGACCUGAAGGAUGCUCUGACAAUCCCAUAUUCCCUGGGGGUCAACUUGCCAUACUUUUUCCAUGCUGGAGAGACUGACUGGCAGGGCACCUCUGUGGACAAUAAUGUGCUGGAUGCACUGCUACUGAAUACCAGUCGGAUUGGCCAUGGACUUGCCCUCAUUAAACAUCCAGUAGCCAAAAGUUUGUCUCUGAAGAAGGAUAUUCCUGUAGAAGUCUGUCCCAUCUCCAAUCAGGUCCUGAUGCUGGUAGCUGAUCUGCGGAGCCACCCCGCAGCUAACCUAAUGGCUGAAGGGCACCCCAUUGUGAUCAGCCCCGAUGAUCCCCCUAUCUUUGGGGCAAAAGGAGUCUCCUAUGACUUCUAUGAGGUGUUCAUGGCCAUCGGAGGGAUGAAUGCUGACCUGAGGACCUUAAAACAACUUGCACUCAACUCCAUAAAAUACAGUGCCAUGCUACCCGAUGAGAAAGUCAAGGCCAAAGAGGUCUGGCAGAAAAAAUGGGACCAGUUUGUGGCUGACCUCUCUGACAGCUUUUCAAAUGAGCUUUAGAGAGCAGGAGACUCACCUCAGAAGGUAUUUGGCACGUCAGAGCCAGCCAGACUUAUUGCUAAGAGGGAUGAAUGAACCUCAAAGUCUGACCUGGCAAUGGGCUUCAUGGGCUUAAUACUAAGAAUGAGCUGCACUAUCCUGUGAAAGUCAUGGGCUGGAGGUAAAAGGGAGCAGUUAUAGCAACAAUGAAAGAACACCCUGCUCAAAAUAGUCAAAACAGUUAAAAAUUGCCAAUGACCAAAUCCUGACAUCCUUAUUCAGGAAAAACAUGCUUUCUAAUUAACGUUAGCAGGAGAUUGCUAACAUGAGGAUCUCUGAAUUUUGCCUUAUCAUUACAAAAUGCAGACCUUGUCUGGAAACAAACAUCCAACCAUUUGGGCCACUGAUCUUCAGGAGAGCAAGGACUGAAAACGGCUCUUGUUAUGUUUAACCCUGGGCCUGCUGCCAAAAUAGCACUGCCAGGUCGAAGAACCAGUCAUAGGUCUGAUGUCUACUAUUUCAGGACCUACCAUGGCUGGAAACAAGCUGAUGGAACUUGCUCCCAGAACAUUUAAGCCUGGUUGCACGGUGAUCACAAAGCUCAAAAGAGGUGCCUCAGCUGCUGACAGGUUUUUUUACUGCAAAAUCUUUUCCUGUCUUCUGGUCACAAGGAAACGAAACCACUUUUCAGCUGAGAAAAAACACCCUGGCUUCCCAGAUACAACUUAAUUAAAACUGUCCCCUGCACUGAGCCAUGUUAACACAGACCUCUGCAUUUAUAGGAGACACCAUUUAAUUUCAGGUUAUUCUUCUACCAGCUUUUUCCACCUAACUCAGAGUGCAAAUGCGCCUUAUUCAGCCUGUCAGAUAUAUUUUCACGUUGGUGGAGAACUACCCUCACACUGGAUAACCACAGUGUUCUCUUGGACCUUUGUAGUUUCCAUCUCUUUAGCUAAAGGUAUUGCAGAAACUACACAAUAAAUAGUGUCUGAAUAA